AUGCGCAUCCUGUACCUGCUCUUCCCCUUGUUCCUCCUGUUGGUCCAGGGUGCUGCAGGAUCCUCCCUGGCUCCAGGAAAUAAGGCAGAAUGUCAUCGAGAGAACGGCUUCUGUGGAUUUCUGAAGUGCUCUUUCCCUUUUAUCGUCAGUGGAAAAUGUUCAAGGUUUUUCUUUUGCUGCAAAAAGGUGCUGCAGGUGUAUCUCUGGCUCCAGGAAAUGAAGGUCAAUGAAAUGGUGAUGAAUCCCUGGACUUUCCAAGCAGAAUGUCCCCCUCGCUUCUGGAUCCUGGAACCAGUUCCUGACAUCCUCUCCCCUCCCUGCAUCUGCUAUCCUCAGGUGGUGUGA